AUGAAUGGGGACACCUUCUAUGACUGGUUUUGCGGAAUUUUGCCUAAACUGAAAGAUAAUUCCGUGAUAGUCAUGGACAAUGCUUCCUACCAUUCCGUCAAACUGGACCCCAUUCCCACAAAUGCUUGGAAAAAGGACAAAAUUGUACAAUGGUUAAGUUCCAAAGGUUGUAGUAUCGAGACGCCGAUGGUCAAACAUUUAAUGUUGGACAAGGUCAAAGAAAUUAGACAUCUUCAUGACAAAUAUGUGAUUGACGAAGAAGCAUCAAAAUCCAAUAAAAUUGUAUUGCGUUUGCCGCCUUACCAUUGUGAGUUAAACCCAAUAGAGUUGGCGUGGGCGGCUGUGAAAAAUCACGUAAAAUAUAAUAAUACAACGUUCAAGCUAAACGACGUACAAAAAUUACUGGUCGAUGGCGUCAAUCUUGUAACACCAGACAUGUGGGCCAAUUUCGUCAGACAUACCAUCAAAGAAGAAGAUAAAUUGUUCAAUAUCGAUUUCAUUACUGAAGAAUUUGAAGAAGAAGGAACAUCUCACGUAUUGACAAUUACAGGAGAUACUUCUUCCGAUUGUUCCGAUUAA